UUCAAGUUCAAAAUCGCUUGCGUUCCGUCUUAAGAUGGGCCAUAGAGUGAAGAGUAUAAGAGAGAGAUUAGACAAAAUUGCAGCUGAUAAGUCUAAAUUUAAUCUCACCGAGGGAAUUGCAAACACCCGCGUAGUACAGAGGGAGAGGCAGAGGGAGACCCACUCCUUCGUCCGAGCAUCCGAUGUCAUCGGAAGAGACGACGAUAAAGAAAAUAUUGUUGGGCUUUUGAGGCAAUCCAGUGAUACAGAGAAUGUUUCUGUUAUUCCCAUAGUUGGGAUUGGGGGGCUAGGCAAGACAACUCUGGCUAAACUUGUGUAUAACGAUGAGAGGGUAGUGGGCCAUUUCUCAAUUAAAAUGUGGGUUUCUGUGUCAGAUGAGUUUGAUGUUAAAAAACUGGUAAAGGAAAUCCUUAAGGAGAUCAAAGGUGAUGAAAAUUACAGUGACUUUUCCUUGCAGCAGCUGCAGAGUCCUCUUAGAAAUGCAUUAGAUGGUGAAAAGUUCUUGCUGGUUUUGGAUGAUGUGUGGAAUACAGAUCGUGAGAAGUGGCUUGAGCUAAAGGACUUGCUCAUGGACGGGGCCAGUGGAAGCAAAAUUCUUGUAACUACACGCAAGAAAGCAGUUGCUUCAAUCAUGGGCACUUUUCCCAUGCAAGAACUAAGAGGCCUUUCCCUUGAGGAUUGUUUGUCUUUAUUUGUGAAAUGUGCAUUUAAGGACGGAGAAGAUGAACAACAUCCAAACCUUUUAAAAAUUGGGGAACAGAUUAUUGAGAAAUGUGCAGGGGUUCCUCUUGCUGUGAGAAGUUUAGGGAGUUUACUGCAUUUGAAAAGGGAUGAACGGGAUUGGGUAUCCAUUAAAGAGAGCGAAAUUUGGAAAUUAGAACAAGAUGAAAAUAGGAUUAUGGCUGCAUUAAAGCUGAGCUAUUAUGAUUUGCCUCAUCACUUCAGACAAUGUUUUGCCCUUUGUUCGAUAUUUCCCAAAGAUUUUGAAUUUGAUAAUCGUCUUCUGAUCUCAAUUUGGAUGGCGCAAGGCCUCAUUCAAUCAUCGGGACAAAAUGCCAAAAUGGAGGAUAUUGGUGAGAACUAUAUUAAUGAACUAUUGUCGAGAUCUUUGUUUCAAGAUGUUAAGCAAAACGUACCAGGAGUAAUAUAUGCCUUUAAAAUGCAUGAUCUUGUACAUGAUCUUGCGAUAUUUUUUGCACAACCUGAGUAUGUAACACUAAAUUUUCACAGUAAAGACAUUUCUAAAAGGGUUCAACAUGUUGCAUUUUCUGACAAUGAUUGGCCAAAAGAAGAGUUUGAAGCUUUAAGAUUCUUGGAGAAGCUAAACAAUGUCCGUACCAUUGAUUUUCAAAUGGACAAUGUUGCUCCUAGAAGCAACUCAUUUGUUAUGGCAUGUGUCUUGAGAUUCAAAUGUAUGCGGGUAUUGGAUUUAACUGAAUCCAGCUUUGAAGUGUUGCCUGAUUCAAUUGAUAGUCUGAAGCAUCUAAGAUUCUUGAACCUAUCUAAGAAUGAGAGAAUCAAGAAACUCCCUAAUUCCAUUUGCAAGUUGUACCAUUUGCAAACUUUGAUGCUAGGUGAAUGUUCAGAACUUGAAGAAUUCCCAAGAGGCAUAGGGAGUAUGAUUAGUUUGAGGAUGUUGAUAAUAACAAUGAAACAAAAGGAUUUAUCGAGAAAGGAAAAAAGGUUAAGAUGCUUGAAUUCUCUUCAAUAUUUACAAUUUGUUGAUUGUCUCAAUUUGGAAUUUUUGUUUAAAGGAAUGAAAAGCCUUAUUGCACUUCGAAUAUUAAGUAUUAGCAAUUGCCCAAGUUUGGUUUCUUUGUCACAUAGUAUAAAACUCCUAAUUGCAUUAGAGGUUCUGGCAAUUAGAGAUUGUGAAAAAAUUGAAUUCAUGGAUGGAGAAGUAGAAAGGCAAGAAGAAGACAUUCAAAGCUUUGGAAGCCUAAAACUUUUGAGGUUUAUAAAUUUGCCAAAGUUUGAGGCUUUACCCAAGUGGCUUCUUCAUGGACCAACUUCGAACACUCUAUACCAUUUGCAAAUUUGGAACUGCCCGAACUUUAAAGGAUUUCCAAAUGAUGGCCUGCAAAAGCUCACAUCCCUUAAAAAAUUGGAGAUUAAAGAUUGUCCUGAAUUGAUUGGAAGAUGCAAACUUGAAACAGGGGAGGAUUGGCAAAAAAUGGCUCAUAUACCUGAAAUAUAUCUUGAUGGACAAAAAAUUGCAUCAUCAACCAAUAAUUAGGUGGUGUAGGAGAGAAAUGUGGUUCUACUGCGAUUGGAUGAGAGUUGAGCUAGACCUGGAAAACUGAUGAAAGCUACUGUUUUUCUCUUCGUUGCUUGGCCCCUGCUUGCUUGGUUGCUUUCUUUUGAUUUGUUUUCAUCAGUGGAUGCUGACUUCUUGAUUCCCAUUUGUGUUCAGUUUGGAAUAGUCUGUAUCCUUAUUGGCGGAGGAGAUAUCAUCUUUCUUAUCUACUUUCACCUUGACUUGGGGGAUAUUUCUUUCUUGCCUUUCUCUUGACUAAUUUGGUGUCAUCUACUUGAUUCUUCAUCUUUUGAAUUCAAGACUUUUAUUUGUCUCAUUUUC